UUCAUCCGUUUUAGCCUUUCAGGAGAAAUAAUUUGGGAUCGAGACACGGCAACGGCGAUAUCAUUCUGCAGUAUACAGAGUAUUUUGUACAGUUGUUUUAAUAAAUUUCUAGUCAUCAAAGGCGUUGAGCCGGUGAGAUAAUCUGUUAAAGUCAAAAAUGGGGGCCCCGGUGGUGAAAUUUCCGAUCAUAGCUGUGAUAAGACUCGUCGGAAUAGCAGUGUCGGCGCUGCUUUUGACCUGGACUUUACACUUUAGAGGCGGCCUCGCUCUCGUCUCCGAUAACAAAGAUCUCAUCUUUAAUGUCCAUCCUGUUCUAAUGGUGAUUAGUCUCGUACUCUUAAACGGUGAAGCCAUGCUAGCAUACAAGACGGUUUCAGGAACAAAAAGUUUUAAGAAAUCAGUUCAUCUUACAUUACAAUUUCUAGCUUUCUUUUUGAGCUUGAUUGGUGUAUGGGCUGCUAUAAAGUUCCACAAUGAUAAGGGUAUUGAUAACUUUUACAGCUUGCACUCAUGGUUGGGCUUAGCGUGUCUUUUACUGUUUAGCAUCCAGUGGGCAGCUGGAUUUGCAACCUUCUGGUACCCAGGUGGUUCAAGAAAUAGCAGAUCCUCCCUGCUUCCUUGGCAUGUAUUCUUCGGGGUUUACAUCUAUGCACUUGCUGUUGCUACUUGUGCUACUGGGAUACUAGAGAAAGCAACAUUCCUUCAGACCAACAAUAUCAUGUCACGCUACUCUUCAGAGGCAUUACUAGUGAACUCAUUGGGUGUUUUGUUGAUUGCUUUGGGUGGUUUUGUUAUCCUUGCUGUUGUUUCUCCCGGAAAUAGCAAAGGAGAAAUUCUUAGAGGGUCCACAGAAUAGGUUGCCGGAGGAAGCUAGACACAAAUAGAGGCCGCAAAAGAUAUUGUAUCGUCAGAAUUAGGAUUAUGGGUCCAGGUAUCCAGUUCCGCAGCUUUUAUUGGUCACUAAAAAUUACUGGACAAUUUUUAGUGUUCUUAGCAUUUCCUUUUUGAAAUUGGGUUUAGCUUCCAAACUUAAAUAAAUUUCAAGGAAGCAGAUAUAGUUGAAUCUUAUUUAUAAAUAUAAAAAUACAUAGAACUAA